AUGGGCACUAGUAGCAGUAAUACGAGUGGAUUCACACAGACUGCUGCUGGUUCACAUUCAUCACCCACUUUAGGGUUACAACAAUUUCACACAGCCGGCGGAUCAAGUUCCACGACUACUCAAUCACCUGUUGCACAGCAUAGUAGUAGCAGCAUGAUUUCGUUGCCGACCCCGAAUUCAUCCUCCACCAUCAAUAAUAUGAUUCGUCAACAACAACCGACACAAUGGAUGGACACGAGCAGCUCAAGCAUCAGUAAUCUGAAUAAUUUUGGAAUGGGAAUCAUGUCAAAUGUGAACAGUUUGAAUUCGUUGGGAUUCUCAAGCAAUAGAUCGAUCAAUGACAAUACGCUUAGUUCUUUUAGUGUCGGUGUUGUUGAUGAUUCGACUACAGGGAUUGGCGGCGAUGAUUUAAUGGAUAGCACAAUAUCUGAUGUUGCAUCACCGUUAACAACCAACGCAACAGCAGCCACGCAAAAUUCAAUAUCAGCCGGACAACAAACCUACAUUGCAAGUAAUCAACAAGCAACCACAUCACAAGUCACGAUGCAACAACGUCAUUCUAAUUCUCGACGUACUUAUACCACUCCUACGUCAUCACCAAAUGCAUCAAUUGGGAAUGUGAGUGAUCUACCCACAUCGGUAAAUAGUGUAAUUAGUCCAAAAAGAACUUCAAAUGACACAAGUAAUACAUAUAGUUCAAGCAUCUCUGGUAUUACGGCACAACAAAGAAAUAAUAUCUUACAUUCAGGGCCAAUGAAUAGUUACGUAAAUUCGUCUCACACUCAACAACAAUCAUCUACGCAACCUUAUCAUAUCGGACAGCCACAACAGACUGCUCAACAACAGCAGCAGCAACGUAUCCCAUCGUAUCAACAACAGUCACAUGAUGGAUUCAUGUCAUCGAAUGUCGGAUUAACGAAUUAUUCAUCUCAAGCGACUACUGCUUCUCAACAAUUACAGCAACAAGCCACAUCACAACAAUUAUCCCAGGCUCAAACUUCAUCACACCAACAGCAGCAAACACGUGGCCCAUACCAGACUUACACUUCUCCGCAAAUAUCUGCAUCUCAUAUUCAAGCUUCACCGGCACAACAGCAUCGAGGAGGUUAUGUUAAUUCUAACACCAAUAACAACACUAAUACCGCCGGUAAUAACAUUGGCAAUAAUAAUGCCACUACGAAUGCAAAAUCUUCACCGAGAAGUGCUAAAUCAUCACCUGUUACUCAAAAAUCAGGGAUACAAGUGCAAACUUCUACGCCACAAGUUAUUCAUCCGGUUGCGCAACAUAAUCAACAAUUGCAACAGCAACAGCAACAAAUAGCCCAACAACAUAAUUCACAGCAUUCACAUCAACAACAGCAACAGCAACAGCAGCAACAGCAGCAUUCGCAACAUCAACAACAAUUACAACAGCAACAAUUACAACAACAGCAAUUACAUCAACAAAAACAAAAUGCACAAACGCAUCAUCAACAACAGCACGUGGCUCAUUCCCCGCAUCAACAGCAUCAGACUGCAUCAUCACAAUCGCAUCAGCAUCAUGUCCAAAAUCAGCAUCAAACUCCACAGAAGCGUCCUGUUGUGUUGCCUGGCGGUGGAUUCCAUACACCACAAUCUCAACAACAGCCAUCACAACAAAUUGUUAAUAAUGUUGUAUGUAUUUUUCAACAAUCGUCGUCAUCCAGUUCAGUUGAUCCGAAUAAAUCGCCGACAACCCAGCCAACCAGUUUAGCCACUUCGGUGAUCAAAGAUAAAAAAGUCAAACGUCCACCAAACGCCUUCUUAAUCUACUCUUCUGAACGCAGACCGCAGCUUCAGAAACUGGAUCCAAAUCUGCAAACAUCGUUAGUAAGCAAAAAAUUGGGCGAGGAAUGGAAGAAUAUGGAUCCGAGUGUGAAAGAAAGAUACAAUGAGAAAGCACUUAAACUGAAAGAAGAUUUUAAACAUUCAAAUCCAGAUCCAAUUGUUCCUGUUGCGCAACUUCCUAAUCCUCAAAUGGCUACUGCUCAAAUUCCUACUCCAAAUAACAAUGGAAUUGUGCUGCCGAAUAUGACUAUGAAUGGAAUACAACAAAUGAACACACAAACGCCGCCACUUCAAACUGCAUAUACCACCGCUGCUGCUUCCAUGUAUCAUCCAGUUACGCCAACGCCUCCACCACGAGUUCCAAUCACAAAAUCACAAGGAACGCAGACUUAUGCACCAAGUCGAAACUCGUCGUUAUCUCUCGCUGCUUCAUCCUCAUCACCGGGAUCUUCAAUGCGAAGAGAUCGAAAGCUGAAACGACCAAUGAAUGCUUUCCUGAUUUACAAUAAGGAAAUGCGCCCAAAAGUCUUGGAAUCGAAUCCUAAUAUGACUGUCGCGGAGAUUUCUAAAACUAUUGGGGAUAGUUGGAGAAGCAUGAAUGAGAAUGAUCGAGAGAAAUAUUUAUCCCUUGCCAGAAACUUGAAGGAAGACUUUCACAACACCCACCCAGAAUUUGUGUACACACGUCGUUCAAAAGCAGAACUUGCCGCCGCUGGUCAUCACAGUUAUUCGAAGAAACGCAGUUACGACAACACUUCCUGCUCGGAAGAUGAAGACACACGCCGUGCUUCCUCCUCACGUAAAGAUCCUCAUCAUAACCACGCAGGUGCUUCUGGAAAUUCUGCGUCUUCAAAUCACAAAGACCCUCGCGGUCGCAAGAAAAAACGAACUCGACAUCCCACUGCGCCAAAACAUCCCAUGUCUGGCUUUUUGUUCUAUGCGUCUGAUAUGCGCCCAUCGAUCACUGAACAACAUCCCGGUAGCACUGUUGGACCGAUUAGUAAGAUUAUUGCGGCCGAAUGGCGAAAAUUGACUUCAGAAGAAAAACAACCGUGGGAACAGAAAGCUGCGGCUGAUAAAGCACGAUAUGCACGAGAAAUGGAAGCGUAUUUGCAAUCGCAAAAAGAAGAUGAUUAA